AUGGGCAGCGCACCGCCUAAGAGCAAGCUCUUCGAGCCUCUGCAGAUCGGAUCCAUGAAGCUAUCAAAUCGCAUCGUCAUGGCUCCCCUGACGCGCUUUCGCGCAGAGGACAACCACGUUGUGAUGGACAUGGCACAGGAAUACUACGAACAGCGAGCAAAAGCCUACCCGGGAACCCUGAUCGUUUCCGAAGCAGUCCUCGUCUCUCCCCGAGCAUCCGGAUACCCCAACGUACCCGGCAUCUGGAACCAGGAACAGAUUGACGGAUGGCGCAAGAUUGUCGAGAGGGUCCACAAGGCGGGCUCCUACAUCUACCUCCAGCUCUGGGCUCUCGGACGCGUCGCGAACCCGGGCAUCAAGACGGCCGAGGGCACGGGAGACGUCGUCUCUUCCUCCCCAACCCCCUAUGCCCCCGACGCCCCCGUGCCCCGCGAGCUCUCCGAGGCCGAGAUCUGGCAGUACAUCGCCGACUACGCCACGGCCGCCCGCAACGCGAUCCAAGCCGGUUUCGACGGCGUCGAAAUCCACGCCGCCAACGGCUACCUGAUCGACCAGUUCACGCAGGACACCUGCAACAAGCGCACAGACCAAUGGGGCGGCUCCAUCGCCAAUCGCGCCCGCUUCGGCGUCGAAGUGACCAAAGCCGUCAUGGCCGCCGUGGGCGCGCACAAGACGGGCAUCCGCCUCUCGCCCUAUUCGGAAUUCCAGGGCAUGAAAAUGGCCGAUCCCAUGCCGCAGUUCACGCACCUCGCCGCGGAGCUGCGCCGGCUGCGCCCGGCGUACCUGCACCUCGUCGAGUCGCGCAUCUCGGGCAACGCGGACAUUGAAGCGACGGAGAAGAUUGAUGCGCUGGUGCAGGUCUGGGGCGCGACGAGCCCCGUGUUGAUCGCCGGGGGGUUCACGCCGGACAGCGCGCGGCGGGCGGUGGAUGAGGAGUACAAGGAUCGCGACUUGGCGGUUGUGUUUGGGCGAUACUUCAUUCCCAAUCCGGAUUUGGUCUAUAGGAUUGCGAACGGGAUCGAGUUGAGGAAGUACGAGAGGGACUUGUUCUAUAAUGCCAAGAGUCCCCAGGGUUACAUUGACUACGACUUCUGUGAGCAGUGGAAGAAGGAGCAUGGCGCGUGA